AUCAUAGCCCCGCCCCCUCCUGACAACCAGCACGCCUCGUGCUCGUCUCCUAGCAACCGUCCUGUCCGCCCCGCUCGGUGCCUCUGCAGGCCGUCAGCCCGCCCGGACGCGCCUCGGUCCCGGACUGAAAGUCGCCUGAAUAACGGAGGAGAAUCUCCGGGACCUUCAUGGAACCGAGCCGAGAGUGAGCCGGGCUGCCGAAGCCGAGGGCGCCGCCAUGAACGACCGGUACCACCGGGCGGCCCGGGACGGCUACCUGGACGUGCUGAGGGAGGCCACACGGAAGGACCUGAACGCACCGGACGAGGACGGGAUGACACCGACCUUAUGGGCCGCUUAUCACGGAAACCUGGAGACGCUCCGGCUCAUCGUGGGCAGAGGAGGUGACCCGGACAGGUGUGACAUCUGGGGCAACACGCCGCUUCACCUGGCAGCUGCCAACGGCCACCACAACUGCCUGUCCUUCCUGGUGGCUUUCGGUGCCAACGUGUGGUGUCUGGACAAUGACUACCACACACCGCUGGACAUGGCCGCCACCAAGGGACACAUGGACUGUGUCCGCUACCUGGACUCCAUCGCUGCCAAGCAGAUCACCCUCAACCCGAAGCUGGUCGGCAAACUCAAGGACCGGGCGUUUCGUGCGGCGGAGCGCCGGAUCAAAGACUGCGCGAAGCUCCAGAAGAAGCACCGUGAACAUAUGGAGAGGAAGUUCCUGAAGGAGGCGGCAGCUUUAGACAACCUUGAUGCUAUCAGCUUCUCCAGCUACACCAGCAGCAGCACGCUGAGCCGCAAGUUCAACACCGUCACCUCCAACAUGCCAUACUCACAGGCCACGCUGCAGUCCACAGCCAAGGGCAAGGCCAAGAUCCAGAAGAAGCUGGAGAAGAAGAAGCAGGGCGAUGGAACGUUUAAGAUCUACGAGGACGGACGGAAAAGCGUGCGCUCUCUGUCCGGCCUGCAGCUCGGCAACGAUGUCAUGUUCCUCAAACAGGGCACGUAUGCUAAUCCUAGGGAGCGGUCACGCCUCAACAUCCGCGACAUGUUCCCCCGUGACAAUGAUGACGACGCUGACACUGUCUCCCGUGCCAUGAGCGACCCGGGCCUCCACGAGGCUGCGUAUUCAGAGAUCAGCGCCGACUCCGGACGUGACUCCCUGUUCACCCGACCCGGGCUCGGCACCAUGGUGUUCAGGAGGAACUAUAUGAGUGGAGGCAUGUUUGGGACCGGGGCGCGGGAUGGAGGGAGUGUGGCAGGGAGUGAACCUGUGGGCCGGGCGCCUAAUGUUCGUCUACGAGGACAUCUGCCUCGACAUUCGCCCAGCUUUGAUGAGGACAGUAUUGGCAGCGCCUUGAGCCUGCAGGAGAGAAACCUUCAGGAGCUGCCAUGGGAGGAGGCUGAUAUUGGACUGGAUGAGGACUUGGAGCCAGAGAACAGUCCUCUGGAAACCUUCCUGGCGUCUCAAAGCCUCAGUGAGUUCAUGACGAUUUUCAGGAGGGAGAAGAUCGACCUGGAGGCUCUGCUGCUUUGUUCGGAUCAGGACCUCACCAGCAUUCACAUCCCUCUGGGCCCCAGGAAGAAACUCCUGGAUGCCUGUAAGAGACGUCUGGACACCAUAGAUGAGCCAGAGGCCAUUGAUGACACUGAGCUCUGAAGGAUAAAUACACAGUGAAGAUAUUAUGAUGCUCCAUGUCCUGUUAUUAAGCCCUGAUCCAGUCAGUGGAGGCGACAUGGAGACUGAAAGAGAGAGGUGAUAAACGUUUAAUGGGAAAGCUUUGCCACAUAUACAGACACAUGGACACACAGUCUGCACUGUGUUUGUAUGGAUUCUCCUCAAGUGAAAUCCAACCUGACAUGUUACCUUUGCAUACUGUAUUAAUUCAUGUAUCAAUGAAUGAUUUAUGUAUCAGUGAAUGUACGUAACCCUUCGAACAUGUUGUUUAUUACGUCUUCUUUGUACAGUUUUCUUACUUUAUUUGACUCCACGGCACAUACACAAAGGUGACUAACUAUUAAUGGAGUUAUUUAUGGAUGAAAAUAGCUGCAGACUGACUGUUGCUCUGCAAACACUGUUGCAAUAGUAAAACAAUGGGGUGUGAGGUUAUGUGAGUGUGUGUUAGAUAACACUGUUGUCUCAGGUUGCUCCGAGGCGGGUUUGGUUUCUCUGAAGGUCUGUCCGUCUGUGCACUUGAGCGAAUGACUGUGCAUGAAUGUUCAUUUUAUGUUGGUGAAAAUCUGUUUUGUAUCGGAAGAUGUACCCAC